GACCGAAGAGGCAAGGAUGCAAGGGCAUCCUUGGGAAGGUUACCCAUCCUUUUUCGACUCUAGCGCGAACAAUGCGUGCGCGCUGCCAUGGAGAAGAGCUCUGACUCUCGAAAAAUACGAAAACUGAUAAGGUCUGAGCCCGGCAAGCGGUCCCUCAGGCCCACCUCAAAAAGCUCCAUGCGGAGAUUUUGGCAACGCUAACAGCAAACGCUAACCAAAUUCGAACCAGGCUCAUAAUAAGUCCAGACGCGGGAUGAAACCGACGGACAGGACUCGCCGAAAAGCCGUUGGAAAAAUGAAUGGCUCCGGGCUAGCGGUGGCGGCCGUUUGCCUGCCCUCCAGCGAACACCCCCCUCGCAAUCGCGGCGGCGAACAGCGGGAGAGCCCGACUCAAAAGUGGUGCCCCGGAGCCGGGGGAAGAUCUGAGCCCAGCGAGCGCCAGGCUCCGAGGCGCCCGCGCGCCGCCAGAGAGGCCUCGCGCCCCGGGCCCCCGAGCCAAUGCCGGGGCGUGCCUGCUGCGGCCGCCGCGGCAGCUCCCCGCGCCCGCGCGCUCCCGGAGGGGCAGGCCCCGCUCCGGGGGGGCGGGCGGAGGUCGAGGCCGGGCGCGGAAACAGGGGACAGUCGUGCGAGCAAGGGCUCCUCGAAGCCAGGAGCGGGGGCGGGCUCGCGCACGGCAGACGCGCACGGAGGCCCACAAGGGGAGGGAAGAGGCCCACGGGGGCAGACUCGCACGGAGGCCCACGGAGCGGGGGCAGAAGCGCGCCGAGGCCCACAGGGGCAGGAACUGAGACACGAGGGCCAGAAUGGACGGUGCCAUUCGAGAGCUUGCCCCUGAGAUUGAGGAUGCCAGCGGGUCGCGCCGCUUUCGGGCGAAAACGCCCGCUCUUCC